UGGCCCGCCUGCUUGCCCGGGCCAAUCACAGCGCGGCCAAGUCCCGGGGCUAGCCGGUUGGUCCAUUUCCACUCACUUCCAAAGCACACUUCGAUCGCUGUUGUGUUACUUAAAAAAACACCGUAAAUCUCCGUUGACCAACGCUUCGAAUUUGGAACCAUGGGCGAUCGCGAAGAACGAAGCGCCAGAGUCUACGUCGGCGGUCUCACAGACAGCGUCAAGAAGGAGGACCUGGAGACCGAGUUCGAAAAGUACGGAAAACUGAACUCAGUGUGGGUGGCUUUCAAUCCCCCGGGCUUCGCUUUUAUCGAGUUUAUCAAUCACAGCGACGCCGAAUCGGCCUGUGAUAGCCUCAACGGCACCGAUUUCUUGGGCUCGAAGCUGCGCGUGGAAAUCGCGAGGGGCAAGUCCCGCCGCGGGGGCUUUAGGGGCGGCCGGGGCCGAGGCGGGCCCCCGUACCGCGGGGGCGGCUACGGUGGCGACCGCGGCUUCAGAGGCGGCCGCGGGGGGCGGCCUGGAGGCCGCUUUGAUUCCUACGGGGGAGGAAGGCGCGAUGAUGGAGGGCGCUCCUACGGAAGGGAUUUUAGCAGGAGGAGAGAUGGCUACGGGAGCAGGAGUGAUAGCUACAAUGGGCGAGGGGGCGGAGGCAGGAGGUUCGAUAGUAGUAGCUCCCGGUUCAGGUCAAGGUCGCCGGCGGCAGCCCCACCAAGACACUAGUUACGAUUAAGGCAUAGUUUGUAUUCUUAUUUUUUAUAUUUUCGUUCAGUACAAUAAUGCGGAAAGCUGAUGAUGUAUGACUAGUUUAAGUGAGUAUAUGGAUCUGAACUUUACGAUGAUGAUGACGUAUUUAUUGUUGCAAGGGGCAACUUAGAUGAUUAUUUUAUUACUUCGUAAGAGUGAAAUAAAAUCUAGUACCUUAACAAAUAUCACGUGUUAACACACGGUUUUUAAUGGCUUUCCGGUCAUACACAGUGUGUCUCACUGUUUUUCAUUACUUAAUUUCUUUUCAUUGUUGUUUGUGGGAUGAAUCACCCUUUACUGUAAUGGCAUAAUCAGUUGCAAAUAUCGAAUCGAUAUUUUUACUAAAUAAUCGCCACUCUUUAUUUGUACAAAAGGCUCAAUACUAAUAAUAAAAGUGUUAGAUCUUA